AUGGCGGACGCACAGAGUAACAGGCCGCAUCGGCCGAAGAAGGAGAAGAAACCGCAUACGGGCGACAAGAACCCCAAGGCUUUCGCAUUCUCAGCGCCGGGCAAAUUGAAGCGGAAUGCUGCGCGCUCUACCGAAGUCAAAGAAAAGCGCCUCCACGUCCCGCUCGUCGACCGUCUUCCCGAAGAAGCACCUCCCAUCAUCGUCGGCGUCGUCGGCCCUCCCGGUGUCGGCAAAACCACUCUCAUCAAGAGCUUAAUCAGACGAUACACCAAGCAGACCCUCUCCACGCCCACGGGACCCCUCACAGUCGUCACCUCGAAGCGCCGCCGCCUCACGUUCCUAGAAUGUCCCGCCGACUCGCUCGCCAGCAUGAUCGACAUCGCAAAGGUGGUGGACAUAGUGCUGCUGAUGAUUGACGGCAACUACGGCUUCGAGAUGGAGACCAUGGAGUUCCUGAACGUCCUGAGCGCAAGCGGUAUGCCCGGAAACGUCUUUGGUAUCCUCACACAUUUGGACCUCUUCCGGAAACAGGAAACGCUCAAGCUGCAGAAGAAGAGGCUCAAGCACAGGUUCUGGAGCGAAUUAUACCAGGGCGCCAAACUCUUCUAUCUCAGUGGUGUGGUCAAUGGGCGGUACCCAGAUAGGGAGAUUAUGAACCUCUCGAGGUUUCUGAGCGUCAUGAAGAAUCCCAGACCGUUGGUGUGGAGGAAUUCUCAUCCGUACUGCUUGGCGGAUAGGUUCCUGGAUAUUACGCCUCCGACCGAUAUCGAGCAGAACCCCAAAUGCGAUCGCACGAUAGCGCUAUACGGAUAUCUGCGCGGCACCAACUUCCCCGCUGGGUCGUCGAGAGUACAUAUACCGGGUGUUGGAGAUCUUACAGUCACUGCGACGGAAGCGCUACCCGACCCAUGUCCGACACCGUUUGCGGAGAAGGCAGUGGAGAAGGCUUCGGGAAAGAAGAAGCGGACGAGAUUGGGCGAGAAGCAGAAGAUUCUGUACGCGCCAAUGUCGGAUGUUGGUGGUGUGCUCGUCGACAAGGACGCUGUUUACAUCGACGUCAAGACUGCCACAUUUGAUCCCGAGGCGGAUUACACUGAGAAGGGUCUGGGCGAGCAGAUGAUGAUUGGACUGCAGGGUGGACGGAAGCUGCUUGGUGAAGACGACGGCAACUUCAGGUUGUUCAAGGACGGCGACGUCGUUGACAACAAGACCCUCGAGGACGACAUUGCGGAUACGGGUCGACGGUCUCAGCGCACGGCUAGGGCAGCAGACGCUGAAGAGGUCGACGAUGAGGAUCUCGAUGGCAUCGACAGCGACGACGAGGAACUGCAGCAGGACCACAGCGAUGCCGACGACGACGAAGACGAUACCGGAUUCCUGGACACCAACGGCCCACCGAACGGCAAGCUCAAGGUCUCGCGCAAAGAGAAGGAGGCGGACACUGCCGAGGACGUAGCGUUCGCAGACAGUGACUCCGAUCUGGGCUCAAUAUCUGGCGAUGAACAUGAUCUGGAGGAUCUCGAAGAGGGCGAUCUUGAUUCUCAAGACUCAGACUCUGAUGAAGCUGAGGAUGGCGCACGGUGGAAGGCAAAUCUCCGAGAGAAUGCUGCGAAACUACACGGACGGAAACGACCGUACCGCGUCACGGACCUGGCGAAGAUGAUGUACAAUAUGGAUCUAGCGCCGGGAGAGGUCCUCAAGAAGUGGAGAUGCGAUGAUGAGGAGGAAGAUAUUGAGGAAGAGGGUGACGAGGAUGAUGGCUUCUUCAACAAGAGAACAGCCGACGAUGCUGCUAACGCUGAAGACCGUUACAUUCCUAAAUUCAACUACGAAGAACUGGCUGAGAAGUGGGAAGACGAGGAUAACGUCGAGGCUCUCAUGGGCCGCUUUGCUACUGGUCAUAUGAACGGCAAAGGCGGGGAUGAUGAUGAAGAUAACGAUGACUUUGAAGGCUUCGAUGAAGACGACGAGGGUGACGGCGAGUUUGAGGAUCUGGAAACUGGCGAGAAGCACGGUGGUGAAACUGAGAACACUGGGGCUGAAGCUGAAACAAACGACAUCGAAGCAGAGCGCGAAAAGAACGCUCGGCGAAAGGAGGAAUUGAAGCUUCGGUUCGAGGAGGAAGAUCGCGAAGGCUUUAUGAACGACAAGGCUGAUGCAAGAAAAGAGGGUGGUGGUGAAGAAGAGUUCGGCGAAGAUGACUGGUACGACGCACAGAAGGCCAUGAUUCAGAAGCAACUCGACAUCAACCGCGCCGAGUUUGAUCAACUGGAUGAGAUAUCUCGUGUUCAGGUUGAAGGCCACAAGGCGGGAACAUACGCUCGCAUAGUGCUCGAAAACGUACCCUACGAGUUCUCCGCACACUUCAACCCCCGAUUCCCCGUUCUCAUCGGUGGUCUGACGCCAACUGAAGAGCGCUUUGGCUUCGUUCAGAUCCGCAUAAAACGCCACAGAUGGCACAAGAAGAUUCUGAAAACGAACGACCCCCUCAUCUUCUCGUUGGGCUGGAGGCGUUUCCAGACGACACCCAUCUACAGCAUCUCCGAUUCACGAACGAGGAACCGCAUGCUGAAAUACACACCGGAGCACAUGCAUUGCUUUGGCACCUUCUACGGCCCCCUCGUCGCCCCAAACACCGGCUUCGUCUGCAUCCAAUCCCUCUCCAACAAAACCCCUGGUUUCCGCAUCGCAGCAACCGGCGUCGUCCUCAACGUCGACGAAUCCACCGAAAUCGUCAAGAAACUAAAACUAACCGGCCACCCCUACAAGAUCUUCAAAAACACCGCUUUCGUAAAAGACAUGUUCAAAUCGAGCCUCGAAAUCGCAAAGUUCGAAGGCGCAAGCAUACGCACCGUCUCUGGCGUCCGCGGGCAGAUCAAGCGCGCCCUCAGCAAGCCAGAAGGAAACUUCCGUGCGACGUUUGAAGACAAGAUCCUCAUGAGCGACAUCGUGUUCCUCAGGGCGUGGUACCCCAUCAAGCCCCGCCGCUUCUACAACACCGUCACCAACCUGCUCAACCCCGCCCUGCCCGGCCUCCACGACGGAGAAUCCACCUCGUGGGCCGGCAUGCGCCUAACCGGCCUCGUCCGCUACGAGAACGGCAUCGAAACGCCCUCCGAGAAAAACUCCGCCUACCGCCCCAUCGACCGCCCCACCCGCGUCUUCAACCCCCUGCGCGUCCCCCGCAAACUCGCUGCCGACCUGCCGUUUAAAUCGCAGAUCGCGACCGUGAAACCGCAGAAGAAACAGACGUACAUGCAGAAACGCGCUGUGGUGGUGGGUGGCGAGGAGAAGAAGGCAAGGAGGUUGAUGGAUCAGGUUGUUGCGAUACGGAAUGAUAAAGUCGAGAAGCGGCGCAAGAAGCAGGAGGAAAGAAAGGAUCCGUAUAAGAAGAAGGUGGCCGAGAAUGCGGAGAAGAGGGCGGAGCGCGAGAAGAGGGAGAAGCAGGAGUAUUGGGCGAGGGAGGGGAAGAAGAGGAGCCAUUCUGGGGGGGAUGAAGGGGGUGGGGGGAAGAGGAGGAGGUAG